AUGGAAGAAAAGCUUCUUCACCCUUAUUUAUUACAAAAUAAUGAAUUAAUUAUGCUCAUUAAAGAGCGGGAAUUGAAUAUUUCAAACUUGGAGCAACUUGAACGAACAGAACUUAUGGAUGUUUACAGGAAACACAUAAUGCCAAAGCCUCAACGACGUCAAAAGCAAGAGAAGAAAAGCGUUGAGUCAAAUGGCGAGACUGUUUUACUGGUGAAUGAAGUAAAAAAGAUAAAACUAAAUAGACUUAAUAGUCAAGAACUGUCAAUGGAUUGUACAACAAAUGAUAAAGCAAACAAUGCUCAAUGUAUUAAUGAUAAGAAACGACUGCUCCCUGAUUCUAAUCAAAAAAACACAAACAAAAGGCAGAGAAUUCAAUGGCCAUGAUAUGAGAGUUUUAAUAUUGACCAUUAUUGUAAAUAUCUACUAAUGACAAAUAAAGUAUUUUGACA